UUUACCCCGCCAAGAUACCGCGAAACCCACACACACAAGUCUCCACACAAUCUACACUUUCCUCCAGCACCAAGAGAGUUAGCUGCACUAGCCCCGCCUCUUGCUGAUGUCACAGUACCAGCUUCCUGUCGUUUGAGCCCCUCGUUGUUUGGUGGCUGGCGGGACCCGAGCGUUGAGUGAAUAGUGGGAAUCCGCUCCAGAAGCCGGCAAGCGGCCAUAGGCACAGACGGGAUGUAGGUACAUAUUUAGUAGAUGGAGGCACAUGAAGUACCUGGAGGGAGGAGCAUGUCCUGGAGCAGAUGAAGACUAUGAUCCUGCGGCUGUUCCAAGGAGUUUAAAGGGCUGGAGGCAUUGAUGGUAUUAACUUAUAGAAUGUUAUGGAUCAACCAUGUUUCUUGUGGGGUCUAGGUCCAAUGAAGACUCUGUGCCAAAUACAAGAAUUGGAUCCAGUGUAGAACCGGACCUAUUGCAAGUGCAGUGGCCCACUAAGAACUGGGGCAAGGCAGGACCACCCAAACCUGGAACAGAUCUGAGAAGUUCAGGAGUUCUCCAGGUGGAUCUUCUGCAUCUGUCUGGCUCACUUGGCUUUCCUGGAUCCACAUCAUCUGCGUUGCCUGACGUUCCAGCACUUUCCCAUUCUACAGACUACACCAGCAGCGUGCGCAGCAUUUGCCAAUGUUGUAGAACCUGGAGCAGCUUUGACUUUUCUGUUGUAAAAUCCACUUGGCUUCCACUUUAAGCAAUAUCUCUGGAUGAUGGUGCAAUUUGAAUGAGAAACGACGAACAGAUUAAACAGAAAAAAAAGGUUGCUGACGUAUGUGAAAACAGAUUAUCAGAUAUUCAAGUUAGAACAAUACUCAGAACAAUGACCAUCUGGCAGUGAUAGUCCAUGGCAAGCUUUUGCUCUAACACUUUGUUAUGCAUAUAUUUCUUGAUGGAGAUGGAUUAAUGGCCAUUUGAUGCAGUUGACAUGCUCCAAGUGCUCAAUUCUUCUUGGACUCUUACCGGGCAGACUUUCUUCUAGGGUACUGAAACCUAGGAUUCAGGAUGUCCGAUCCAAGUUACUGGACAGCGUUCAAGGGUUGCAAAGGGCGCCUAGCAAAGGGGGCCUUAUUGCAGCGGUCGAAAAGCUGUAGGAGCAGCAACAGGAAGAGUCUGGUGGUGGGUUCCCCUUCGCCUACACUGUCACGCCCUCUCUCUCCGCUCUCUGUGCCUACAGCAGGAAGCAGUCCUUUGGAUAGCCCAAGGAAUUUUUCCACAAGUGCAUCUGUUAACUUCCCUUUUGCCCGCAGUCAUGGCCCCCGUGCAGACAGAGCUGAUGGCCGCAGAUGGUCUCUUGCUUCCCUUCCAUCGUCUGGAUAUGGAACUAACACUCCCAGUUCCACUCUCUCGUCUUCCUCUUCUUCCCAGGAAAGGCUGCACCAACUUCCAUUUCAGCCCACGGCAGAUGAACUUCAUUUCCUUUCCAAGCACUUCCGAAGUACUGAGAGUGUCACAGAUGAUGAUGGAAGGCGUUCUCCAUGCAUGCGCCCCCGCUCACGUAGCCUCAGCCCUGGUCGUGCAUCAUCAAACUUUGACAAUGAGAUAAUAAUGAUGAACCAUGUUUACAAAGAACGAUUCCCAAAAGCUACAGCACAGAUGGAAGAACGGUUGCAGGACAUCAUCACUCAUUUCUGCCCCAGCCAAACACUACCACUGGCUGAUGGUGUUUUGGGCUUCAUUCACCACCAAAUUAUCGAGCUGGCUCGGGAUUGUCUGGACAAAUCUAAGGGGGCACUGAUCACCUCUCGUUACUUUCUGGAGCUGCAAGAGAAGCUAGAGAAAAUGCUGCAAGAUGCACAUAAUCGCUCCGAGAGUGAGGAAGUUAUGUUUAUUAACCAUCUGGCAAGGAAGUUGCUGAUGGUCAUUGCUCGCCCAGGAAGGCUACUGGAAUGUUUGGAGUUUGAUCCAGAGCAGUUUUAUCAUCUUCUGGAAGCUGCAGAAGGUCAGGCUAAAGUUGGCCAGGGGAUAAAGACUGACAUCCCUCGGUACAUAAUCAGCCAACUUGGUCUCACAAAGGACCCUUUAGAAGAGAUUGUUCAGCUGGAUCACUAUGAUACAGAAUCCUCCCUGCAAUUAGACCAAGAGGAUUAUCACGAUCCAUAUAUUCCAAGUACUCCGUCACGAAAAAAACCUUGCGAGAGUGACUUUGAAACUAUCAAACUGAUUAGCAAUGGAGCUUAUGGUGCUGUGUAUUUAGUAAGGCACAAGGAGACCCGACAACGUUUUGCCAUGAAAAAGAUAAACAAGCAGAAUCUCAUACUGCGCAAUCAAAUUCAUCAAGUGUUUGUGGAGAGAGACAUCUUAACCUUUGCAGAAAAUCCUUUUGUAGUCAGCAUGUUCUGCUCUUUUGAGACCCGGCGACAUCUCUGUAUGGUGAUGGAGUAUGUGGAAGGUGGAGACUGUGCAACACUACUGAAGAACAUGGGUCCACUGCCAGUUGAUAUGAGCCGCAUGUAUUUUGCUGAAACAGUUCUGGCUCUAGAAUAUCUGCACAACUAUGGGAUAGUUCACAGAGACCUUAAACCUGACAAUUUGCUGAUCACAUCACUGGGACACAUCAAGCUGACAGAUUUUGGGCUUUCCAAAGUUGGCCUUAUGAACAUGACUACAAACUUGUAUGAAGGACAUAUCGAGAAGGACACAAGGGAGUUUCUAGACAAACAGGUGUGUGGGACCCCUGAGUACAUUGCACCUGAGGUGAUCCUACGGCAGGGAUAUGGAAAGCCUGUAGACUGGUGGGCGAUGGGAAUCAUUCUGUAUGAGUUUCUUGUUGGCUGUGUACCAUUCUUUGGAGACACCCCGGAAGAACUGUUUGGACAAGUGAUUAGUGAUGACAUUAUCUGGCCAGGAGGAGAGGAAGCACUUCCUGCUGAUUCCCAAGAUCUUAUUACCCGGCUGCUGCGCCAAAACUCCCUGGAACGCUUAGGGACAGGUGGGGCUCAAGAAGUAAAGCAGCAUACGUUCUUCCUAUCAUUGGACUGGAAUGGGCUCCUAAGGCAGAAGGCAGAGUUUGUUCCCCAGUUGGAAGCAGAUGAUGACACUAGUUAUUUUGACACUCGAUCAGAACGGUAUCAUCAUUUAGCUUCGGAGGAAGAUGAGGAAACAAAUGAUGAUGAGUCCUCUGUGGAAAUCCGGCAAUUUUCUUCUUGCUCUCAUCGUUUUAGCAAGGUAUAUAGCAGCUCUGAGCAUUUAGCAACACAGCUCAACCUGAGUUUCUCUUCCACUGAACGAAGUCACAGUGAUGAAAAGGAAGAGCACGGUGACAGAUGGGAGAGGACACUGUCCACUGAGGAAGAAAAGAAUCGACUAGGAGCUGAAACCAGGUUACGGUCCUGGACAUCAUCUGGUUCCUCCCAUCAUUCCUGGCUAAGUGAGAGAAGUGCCAGCCCUAAUGUUCUCACCAGCACCUGCAGUCUGGAUACCAUGCCCAGGUUUGCCUUUUCUUCUGAAGAGGAGUCUUCUGAUCACAAACCUGAAAGACCAACUUUUACUUUAGGAGAAAUUAAAGGGACUCCUCCAAAGCCUACUUCCCUCUGUGCAGAUAUUGUCAGUUUAAGCAGAACCCGCCUACGAAGCAACAGCACUGGCGCCAAGAACUCCACUCCUCGCCCUCUGGAAGCAGGUGUCAGCCGCCGGCUGCGUGGGCACAGAGAGACACCUGAAAAACAAAGUUCUUCCACUGGGAGCCGGGUCCCCAAAUCUGCAUCUGUCUCUGCCCUGUCUCUAAUUAUUACCUCAGAUGAUUUUGGCAGUGGAUCACUUGCAAGUCCGAUAUCCCCACGGUCUCUAUCUUCUAAUCCAUCUUCAAGGGACUCCUCACCCAGCCGUGAGUCUUCAGUUGCAGUAUCUAGCUUACGCCCUCCCAUAAUUAUUCACAGCUCAGGAAAAAAAUAUGGCUUUACCCUACGAGCCAUAAGAGUCUACAUGGGAGAGAGUGAUGUUUAUACUGUACACCAUAUGGUUUGGAAUGUAGAAGAUGGAAGUCCAGCCCAUGAGGCAGGCCUUAGAGCUGGCGACCUUAUCACACACGUGAAUGGCGAGUCUGUUCUUGGGCUUGUGCACAUGGAUGUAGUUGAGCUGCUAUUAAAGAGUGGUAGCAAAGUCUCACUAAGGACAACUCCCCUGGAAAACACCUCCAUAAAGAUUGGGCCAGCUAGGAAAAACAGUUGCAAGGGCCGAAUGGCGAGGAGGACAAAGAAGAGCAGAAAACGGGAGAACCAAGACAGGAAGCGCUCUUUGUUCAAGAAAAUCUCCAAACAGUCCACAGUGCUACAGACCAGUAGGAGCUUCUCAUCUGGGCUUCACCAAUCUCUGUCUUCCAGUGAGAGCCUCCCAGCCUCACCCACUCACAGUUUGUCUCCAGGUCCCAUCACUCCAAGUCGUAGCCCUGCCCCUGAUGCAGCUGGUGAUGCUGUAUCACCACAGAGCACUUCACCCUGCUCCAGUACACCAAGCUCACCUGCAGGACACAUUCGGCCAAGCUCCCUUCAGUGCCUAACCCCCAAACUUAGUGGACAGCGCUACAAAGUUGGACGCAGGAAAUCUACUAGCAGCAUCCCACCUUCCCCGUUGGCUUGCACACCUUCACCUGUUCCACAGCAACCCUCCUCUCCUCAGCGCUCUCCUUCUCCACUUUUACCUAGUCAUCCUAGGAGUGGACAUUGUGGCCUCCAGGGCAAGACUUUGUCACCUCCAACCAUAGUCAGACAAAGUUCUCGAAAUCGAGCAACAGAGGCACCUAGGUCACCUUUACUAAAGAGAGUGCAGUCUGUGGAAAAGAUGGCAGCGUAUUUGUCUAGUGGGCGAAAAGCAAGCCCAGUUGAUAUCCAGCACUGGGAGGACACAGUGGAUGCAUUAGAGGCUAUGUCAGAAUCCAGAAACAGGGAUUGGGGUGCAGAGAAACAUGAGCGUGACACAGAGGUGGUGGUAAUGAGAAGGCUUAAUCUCUCAGAGAGACGGGAUUCCUUCAAGAAGCAGGAAGCUGUGCAAGAAGUUAGUUUUGAUGAACCAGAUGCAGGAGCUGUUGAGUUGGUACCUGAGGACAAAAAAACAGCGAGGUGCUCAGGGCUGUGGGAACGAUUGCCCCACCAAACUUCCUGGAUACAAGCCAGGACAGGAAUAUCAACACCUGUAACAACAGAGCAGGAGACGUCAUGUCGUCUUGUGCCACAAAUAGCUGUACAGACCUCUGAGAGUGAUGAGCAAGAAAAGAGCCAAGGAGUCUGGGAGUGCCAAGGAUUUUACCCCUUACAGUUAUCAGGCAAGGACAAAUGCCCCCUUGUAACUUUGCUGUCAGAGCCCACAGGUGCCACUUCAGACAGGAGCCAGCUCAAAUCUGAAAAAAUUAGUGAGUGUCCGGCUCCCUUUGCAUUGUCAUCCAAACGUGACUCAAAGAAAAACUAGCUGAGCCUUAACUGUAACAAAUCUUACUGAAGGAACACCCAAUGGUGAAAGACAAGUGCAGGGAGGGUAAGCUGGUAUAAUGGAAAUGUUGUGCCAGUCAAAAAAACAAUAAGGAGUAUCAAGAGGCCAAAUACCCCCACUUCCCAUCUAAGACGUUUUUUCCCCCAUGGCCUUUUCCAUGUUCAGUACUGGAAACAUUCUAUUUUUAGACCAGCAAGUUUCCGUUUUCUGAAUAUUACCACUAACACCCAGUUUUUGCAGCAAAUGGCCCAUCCCGAUUGCUGCCAAUGUUAGUGGAUGAAAAGAAUUACACAAAAAAAAGAGACCAAUGCCUAGAAAAGGGAGUUUGUUUUUUGUUCCUCCUCUUUGUGGCCCCUUUUUUUCACUCAUGUAAUGAAGGAUGUGUUUUUAAACUUAAUUUUCCUGGAAUGCUGCCAUUUGGAAGAAUUACAUUUGGAUGCUUCCAAAAUCUCUCAUACAAGAAGUACCCAAAGCUGCCUUUAAAAAAAAAAAAAGGAAGAAAAAGACGGACAUAGAGAUGUUUGUAUAUAUAAGAAACCUUUUUUUUUUUAAGUAUUUAUUCAUUCUUUUGUAACAAGCAGAACAGAUAAUUGGUAAUUUUAUUAUAUCUUCAUGUUUGCUGUAGUAUUUUUAAUGCAUACUUAAAAUAAGUGUAUACCCCCUUUAAAAGAGAAAAGACACUCUGUUUUAAAUAUUUUAAUGCUCAUACAAGUGACAUACACCCUUGUGGCCUGCAAGUGAUGGGUGUGCAGUAAAUGAAUCAUUUAUUCAGCCUGCAUGACUAAUUAAUCCAUGAUCUUUAACAUUCGGAGCACAAGACUGUCGGCAAUGUCAUGCUAAGGGUAAUUGUGGCUGUCCUAGCACACUACAGUACAGUCACCAUCUGAUUAUUUAGAUUCAAAUAGGUUUUUGUCAUGGAACAUUUCUAGACAGCCAUUCCGUUGAUCGAUUUAUAUGUUUACUACAAUUACUACAAGAAUACUAUUUGCAGAGAGUCCCUGAGUUAACAUUUCCUUUAUUAGCAACAUUCUACCUAUAUACUUUCUAUACAAAGAAACUUUUUGGGUGACUUUUUAGACAAAAACCACAUGCCUUUCUAGUUUUUCUGCAUAUCUGAAUUCCACACACUGCCACUUUUCUGCACGAAUAAGUGCAGUAACACCCUAAAUGAAAUUAUAAACAAGAAACGUAAAGCAUCGGAAUAAAACUAAUAGUCAGUGAAAAGAAAGAUUAUGAAAGUUUGCCUUAAAAUAUUGUAGAGUUUGGGUUUGUUUCUUAAGUUUGAAUUUGAUUAUUCUAAAUUAUAGUCAUAGCUUUGUGAUAACGGAACAGUCCAGAAACCUAAGGACUAGGGAAAAAACUAUUUGGACACAUGUUUUCCAUUAUAAUUGUGCUUAUGAUUACAGUCAUUAGCUGAAUAAUAGUUUCAUGAAAAUCUUGGGGGACACCAGUACCCAUUAUUUGCAAUGCCUAUCCUGUCCUUAAAGCACCAGUAACACCAAAAAAUAACCAAACUUUAGAGCUGAAAAAUAAUACCUAUCAUAGCAAAACCAGUCUUAAUUUAUACAAAAAACUUUAAUCCAACAUUGGUGCAGAGCAGUGGUUGUGCACAUAUUUUAGCCCCUCCCCCAGCAAAUAAUAAAGUAACAGGUAUUUCUCCCAGAUAUAACCCUAACUUCUACUAACUACUGCUUCAGUGUCUCCCAGAUGGGCCAGCUCAACAGUUUGGUACGCACCAAUGUAAAGAAAAAGAGUAAUACACAUUAAGGACCUGUUAUUGAAAAUUCUCAGGACCUGGGGUUUUCCGGUUAAGCAGUAUUUCUUUAAUUUUGAUUUCCAUAGCCUCCAAAAAAUGAUUUAAAAUUAAAUAAACCCAAUAGGAUUGUUUUGCCACCAAUAUAAAUUUGUACAGCCUAGUUAGAAUUAAGUACAUGCUACUGUGUUAUUAUUGCAAAAAAAAAAAAAAAUUAGAAUUAUGUGCUGAUAAUAGACUCUAUGGAAGAUGAUCUUCCUGUAAUUCGGAGCUUUCUAGAUAUGGAAUCCCAUACCUGUAGCAUAUUGUAUGCAACUAUAAAUGAAGCCCUUUUUUUGGUGUUACUGGACCUUUAAGAUACCAACAAAUUGAUAUAAAUGAGUUCUUCCAUUAAAAAAGCAGUGUGGGUGGCUUUUCUUCUAACUAAAUUACUUUACUACAUGACUUUUCAAUCUCAAUUCUUCAGUUCUCCACUGUUCAUUGCAUUCACUUGAAGGAAUAUUGCAGGACUGACAUCGUAAGAUGUGUGUUAAAAUAUUUAACUGGCUUGUGCUGGAACUGAGGGCUUGAGGAUAUUUAGAAAAGGGUAUUUUUAUACGAUACACCUCUAAUUUGUAUUGUGGUGGUGGUGGGGGGUAGAUUUAAUUUCCCUUGUUAUAUUUAUGCAUUAUUUUGUAAAGGAUUUAAUAUGUGGAUUGUUUGACAAAAUCAUCUUUGAAGGUGCAGUGAAAUAUGCAUCUCGUGUUUUGCUACUUUUAAAAGAGUAAUACUCAUUCUUGGGGUGGGGAGGUUGGUGACAUACCCAAAAAUUGUCAUGUAAACAACUGAGUACUAUUCUCUAUACAGUGUUAGCGUUUAUUUUCCCAUCAGCUUUUAUCAUUUUCUGUGUAUGUAAAUGAGGGCUGUGUUUAUUUGCUUUUAUUUCCCAUCUUUGCAACUGAGCUUUUCCCCAGUACAGUCCCAGUACGUAUCGUAUUCACCCAAACAUUAUUUAAUCAGCAUGGAUGUCCAGGAGGCUUUUUAACUCUCAAUGCUUUUUUCAUACAGUGUUUUGUUUUCUUGUGUAACAUAGAGCCUCUAUAAACUUGCAGCAACCUUGCACUAGUAGGGCAAAGUGGCAUUGUCACUGUUUUCAGGCUUGCACCACUUGCGUAACUUUUUUCCCAAGUUGGAACUGUGUAGAAUUGCCAAGGAAUAUGAUUUUUAUUGUUUUUAGUGGGUUUUUUUAUUGGUCUUGAUGCGGUUUUUGCAUUUCUUUAAAGAAAAUGACCCUUUCUUAGCAGCAAUGUUUGUAACAGGUAAUCACAUUAAAUAUGCAAAAAUAUAAAAGUUUUGUUUGUGCAAGAAAUCAGGAAGUGGUUUUCUGUUCUCCUGUUUGCAUACGGCUGUCUUUCAAUAAUAUUGGCUUUCUGACCUGUUAUUGGGCCCCACACACUCUGUUGUUUCCAGAGUAUCACAGUUAGGCAGGCAGCUAGAAGAACCUUUCUAAUAGAUGUCUCUGUGCAGCUGCCUUGAUGCCUCUGUGCUGUACUAACAGGGUUCAGAAAUUACUUCUUUGGCCCUUAAGUAUGAUAUAAAUUGCCAGUGAUAUGCUUUUAUCAUUGCCAAACGUAAUAGCUAAAGUAGAACAACAGUCCUUAAACCACUAAUUUUAAAAAGUCAUUCUCCAAUU